GUCAGCUUGCUAAGUGUUGAAGAAAUGAUUUGGGGGAUUAUUCGCCGCAAAGUCAUUUCGCCGAAGGUUUUGGGAGAGUCAGUACAGAGAAUUAGGCCUGCAGUGUCGGUGUCGGGGCCACAAUGUUACAGGACUAUGCGGAAAGAGCUUUCAAAAAUCAAGGUACAAUGGCAGUAGUAGUAAGCUGUAACAACCAAGCUCAAAUCCUCAAAGCUUGGACCAAGUUAUUCCCUAAAGGAGAUGCUUUGUGGGGAGAAGUCAUGGCUGCCCUGUUUGCAAUCUCAUGUGCUUCAGAAGCUGGUUAUUCCCUAAUCAUCAUCAAAGGUGAUGCAGCCAAUGUGUUAAUGCCCCUCAAGGAACUUGCUUCUACCCCUUGCUGGCUGAUUGCUUCCAGAAUUGAAGACAUUCAUUUUUGGCCUCCCAUAAUAGAAGUCAUUCUUUUUUGGGCUUUGCUCAUUGGGCAAGGAUUUGAGUGUGUCCAGAGAUCUGGCUACCACAUUUUGUUAGGAGGUCAUUCCCAUUCAACGCGGAGUGAAGUUACUGUGCUAUUUCAAACAGAGCACUUUGUUCGAUUGAAGAAUAGAUCAUUCUCUUCAGACAGUGGAGACAUAGUUGCAGCUGUCGUUCCUUUCAUGGGCGAAUCUAUAACUGAUGGCACUUUGGCAACAUUCCUAAAGAAGCCUGGUGACAGAGUUGCAGUCGAUGAGCCUAUUGCUCAAAUUGAAACUGAUAAGGUGACAAUUGAUGUAGUUAGUCCUGAAGCUGGCACCAUUCAAGAGUUUGUGGCCAAGGAAGGUGACACUGUGGAACCAGGUACCAAGAUUGCUUUCAUCUCAAAAUCAGAUGAAGGUGUAACACAAGCACCAUCAGAAAAUGCUGCUGCUCAGCCACCACCUCCUGAACAGAAGGAAAGUGUUGAGAAACAAAUCCCCAAAGCAGAAACUGCCCCUGUCAAGGAGAAGAUUAAAGAACCAUCUCCAUCACAACCCAAGGCAAAAGGAACUUCUCCUCCUCCUAAAGCCACAGCUUCAGAACCCCAGCUUCCUCCUAAGGAUAGGAUAAGACGAGUUCCCAUGACAAGACUCAGGAAACGGGUUGCAACACGAUUGAAAGAUUCUCAGAAUACAUUUGCUUUGCUGAGCACAUUUAAUGAGGUUGAUAUGACUAACUUGAUGAAGCUCCGUUCAGAUUAUAAAGAUGCCUUUGUUGAAAAGCAUGGGGUCAAAUUAGGACUUAUGUCGGGCUUCGUGAAAGCUGCUGUUAGUGCACUUCAGAGUCAGCCAGUUGUCAAUGCUGUAAUUGAUGGUGAAGAUAUCAUAUAUCGAGAUUACAUUGAUAUCAGCAUUGCUGUAGGCACUCCUAAGGGCCUCAUUGUCCCAGUUAUACGCAAUGCUGAGAAUAUGAACUUCGCUGAGAUAGAGAAGCAGAUCAAUGCUCUAGCUAAGAAGGCAAAUGAUGGUUCCAUAUCAAUUGAUGAGAUGGCUGGAGGUACAUUCACAAUAUCAAAUGGUGGAGUCUAUGGAAGUCUUUUAAGUACACCAGUCAUCAACCCACCACAGUCGGCUAUAUUAGGCAUGCACUCAAUUGUGACCCGUCCAAUGGUUGUUGGGGGCAAUAUUGUUCCAAGGCCUAUGAUGUAUAUUGCAUUGACAUACGAUCAUCGGCUGAUUGAUGGGAGGGAGGCUGUGUUUUUCUUGCGCCGUAUCAAAGACGUUGUGGAGGACCCUCGGAGGCUUCUCCUUGAUAUAUGAAGUCUCUGCUGAAUACCUGAUGUGCUGGCACACAUGCAAUUGGGCAGAGUUAAAAAUUUUCUUAGUGGGAGAGAGAGGAGCAACAGAUUGCUCAAAAUGAAACCCAAUAAAGACCAACAAAAUAUCGGUAUGAAAGCAACGUCCAGUUAAUCCUUUAGAGGUGGGAGUUAUAUUUACGGUUUACCCAUAAAAAAAUUUCACUUUCUAUCAACGUUCAAUUUGGUUCCCGUGAAGAAGAUUAGAAAUAAAGGUGAAGAUUUCCUUUUUCCCCACAAUUUCUAUUUUAAGGUAAUUUUAUUAAGUACAAGAAGGUGCCAAUUGUGCUGCCUAUUGGAAUUGUGAAGAUCCUAGACUUGUAAAACUCCUUACAAUUAUUUUAUCACAUUGAUCCUACAAACACUUUCUUAAAACGUUCAAUGGGUGUGCAGUUGAA